GAGCAAUCUUGAAAUCCCCGCAACCUUUGAUUUUUAUCUCGCUCUCUUUCAUGCGUUCAUCAUCACUUCCAUAAAUUGCAACAACAAAACACAGAACAAGCAAAUCAAAAUGUCAGCGAAAUGCAGCCAAAUCCGACACAUUGUACGUCUCCGGCAGAUGCUGCGGCGGUGGCGCAACAAGGCCCGCAUGUCGGCGAACAGAGCACCACCGUCCGAUGUGCCAGCGGGACACGUGGCGGUGUGCGUGGGCAGCAACCUCACCAGAUUCGUGGUGCGCGCCACGUACUUGAACCACCCCGUCUUCAAGAAGCUCCUCCUCCAAGCAGAGGAAGAGUACGGCUUCACCAACCACGGACCCUUAGCCAUCCCCUGCGACGAAACGCUCUUCCGAGACGUUCUCCGGUUCAUUUCCCGGUCCGACCCGGCCAAAUCGAACCGGUUCUUAAACCUCGAACUCGACGACUUUCAGAGACACUACUGCCACGUCGGCAUCAGCAACAACCUCGACUUCUGGCCCGAGUCCAGACCGCUCCUACAUGGCCCCACUGACAAAACCAUUUGGUAACUUCCCAAUCGAACCAAACUAAACCUUAUAAUAUUCGGCUUUUUAUGCUUUUUUGAGGGUUAGUUACGGAGACGGUUCGGUUCAAUGAUGACUCGGCCGAGUUUUUGCAAAGGGCGACAAUUUUAACCCCUCAUUUUGGUUGAGAUUUGAGUGAAGACAAGUUUUUUAUAUAAUUAUUAUUACCUCAUGAAGAUGGGGUGAGGGGAUUUUAAGAGUACAUAGGGAGAAGCACAUUAUUACAUUAUGGUCGAUCUCAUUUUAUUAGAUGUUAGUGAGUGUAUGUAUUUCUUUAUGUGAUUUGUAUGAGAGAACGGUUCGAGAAAAUCCACUAGGAUCGGUCUAGUAGUAAUGGUUGAGAUAGAUGUACGAGGAUUUUAUAUGUUUGAUCCUCGUUGUCGUCAGUAUACACACAAAAAAAAGAAUGGUUUCAAGAAAUGUCGAUCCAGGAGAUGGCAAAGGGUGGGAGUCGUCCCGGGUUCGGAUCGGAAUGGAGGCUGUGAUUUCAUGGCUAUUUUCAAGCUGAGAUAUGAGUCUCCAACUAUGGUAAAAUUGUAAAGUACUACUGUGUAUGUAUUUGAUUUGAUGAAUGGAAAUGAAAUUGUAGAGAAAUUUCAAAUUGGAUUCAAUUUCACCGUACGUAAAGUUAGUACUUUUUUAUGUUUA